GUAGCUUCAUGUCGAUGAAUUGAAUUAAUUGAAUGCAAACAUCAUGGCCGACAAAAUAGAAGACAAACAAGAUGAAGUGGUAUUUCCUGAAAAUGUGGACCAGGCAAUAAUUAAGCAGAUUCAAGAUAUAGAACGUGAGGUUGCAGAGCAAAAUACAUUAAUCAGUGAUCUAGAAGAUAUAUCAUGUUUAAAGGCAGAAUAUUCCAAUGAAGAUGAAGUGUAUCAAAGAAAAAUAGAGCAUCUGUCUUCACAGUAUGAUAAAAUAAGAAGGGUACGAGGUGAUGGAAAUUGCUUCUUCAGAUCGUUUGGCUUUGGUUGUGUUGAAUACUUUGCAAAUAAUUUAGAUGCUUUAGACAGGUUUAUCUCUUUUGCUGAAAGAACAAAGGAUGAAUUAAUACAGCUUGGAUACCAGAGUUACACAGUUGAGGAUUUUUAUGAAACAUUUGUAGAUACGCUAGAGAUGCUGAAAAAAGGAUCAACUGUAGAAGAGAUGUUGAAGGUGUUUCGAGAUCAAGCUCUCUCCGACUACUUUGUUGUUUAUCUUCGUUUGAUGGUUUCAAAUUAUCUUCAACAAAACGCCGAGUUCUUUUCUGCGUUCAUUGAAGGAGAAGGGGGCAUGAAGGAUUUUUGCGCACAUGAAGUUGAACCAAUGGCAAAAGAAAGCGAUCAUAUACACAUAACUGCCCUCACAAAUGCCUCUGGAAUAUGUGUCAGGGUUGUCUACAUGGAUCGCGGUGGAUCGGCUAUUGUUAAUGACCACGAUUUCCCGGAAGACGGAUCUGCACCUAAGAUGUGCCUCCUUUACAGUCCUGGGCAUUAUAACAUCCUAUACCCUACGAAUGAUAACAAGCAAGAGGAGAAUAGUUGACAGAUGAACGAAUAGAAUUUAUAGUCAUAGUGUUAAUUAUUCAAGUACUUGUCAGGUAGGAAACUGACGAAAAACUAAUUGUUUCGGACAUUGUAAUUAUAAUUUUCCAGUUUCAAGAAUUAUGAAUGUCUUUUAUCUGCUUGACUUCUUAGAAAUGAUUCAAGAUUGCGGUCACAUUCCUGACUGCAUUUUCCAAUGUAUUAAAAUUUAUGUGACAGUUUUAUUUGUCUGUUUUAAACAAAGUUGGA